AUGAAUCAUCUUAAUUAGCCGUAAACUCUGAGCCUAUCAUCUUCCGUCAACCUAAAUACUAAUAAUUCUUAAGAUAUACUCCCAGAUACAGAGCCCAGUUAGCAUCAAGAACAUAAGUCAGAGAAAAAAUAAAAGAUUAAUCUCAGAAACACAUUUAUAUCUCCUGAAUUAGCAUACACCAAUGAGAGAAAGAAACUUUUCGAUAAAAUCGGCUAUAACAAAUAUAAUUCUAAAAUACCAUCGUUUCAAUAAACAGAAGAUUACAAGAUUGAAAACUCUAAAAGUAUGUCAUUCGUGAACCCAAACUCUUGUAUCAUAUAAAACGAGAAUUUAUUCGUCAGAAAAAGAGCAAAAGCUGAUGAUUCAUUUUAUGAAAAGAGAAUAUUGACUCUAUCAAAAAACAGGUAAAAAAGACUUGUGUCUGAAGACAGUUGCCAAUAAACAACCAGAUCCAAAAAUACGGUAGUCCAGAGACUUAUUACAAUGAGAAAGUAUAGAAUUUAAUUUAAAAACGAAUAAAAUUUACACUAGCAUGCCUUGCUGUAUCAGUAGUCUCAACUCAACAAGGAAGGGUCUAAUGAAACAAUUUAAGAUGAUGGAGAAAUAGGAAAGUCUAAUAAUCUCCACUAAAGAUAUAAUUCUAGAACUGAGGCUAAUGUGACUGUUAAUUAAAUGUAUGAUAAUGAUGAAUGUUUAAACACAAGCUACCAUCAAGAAAAGAUUAAGUAUAGUGGCUCUUAUAUUGUUCAACCUCAGCCGGAUGAUUACUUAUAGAAUAUUGAGAUAGAUAACAAUAAUUCUGGAAACAAGCCAAUCUGCAAUACUGAUACUAAAAAUAACUUCAUGUCGAAAAGGAAAAAUAGACAAAGCAACAGUAAAUAUAACUUUCUAAAGGAUUAAGACAUAUCUUAAGAUUCUAGAAUGAAUGCAGUUGCAAGAUUUGAUAGAGAAUAUUCAAUGGAGAAUAAGUACUAUGCUAGAAAUAUGCUGGAUCAGGAUGAUGAUGGAUAACUCUAAAAUAUGAAGGAAAGAUCAUUUUUAGCAUCAGCACAUACUCAUAGAUAAAAAGCACUCCAACCUCACUCUAAAAUACCUACUAAUAAAAGUAUUGUCUCAAUGAAUAUGAUGUAAAUCGUUCCAUAGAUCAAAGGAAUAAGCUAGUAAUUGCUAAUUGAACUCUUCUAGGCGAAAUGCAUUGAUCUAGGCAUUACUUCCUCUCAAGAUUAGAUGAUCAGAUUCUUCGAUAUAAUUAACAAAGCUCAUUUAAAAAAAGAAAGAAAACUCUAGUUAAUAGAUAUGGGAUUAGGCGAUUAAUCUCUGGUGGUAGUUGGAAAAAUUAUCAAGAAAAAUAAGCAAUUCUCUACAUUGGAUUUAAGGAAAAACUUUAUAUCUAAUAACGGUAUAAAGGAAUUUUUAAAAUCUUUGAAGCACAAUAACUCCUUAGUUCAUUUAAAUAUUGGCUGCAAUCAAAUUUCCACAGAUGGGGCUGUAGCUUUAUUUGAGGCUCUUAAAACUCAUGACUCUAUAGUGUCACUCUCAUUAGCUAAUACUGAUUGCUAUAAAAAUAAAAAUAAGUAACUUACCUCAAUUAACUCAACAUUUAAUGAUCUUGGAUCUUAUCCAUAAUGCUUUUCAUUGCUACUUACAAUAUUCAGCCCAUCAAAAACCUUAUAAAAUCAAGUUGCAUGUGCAUCAUUAGAAGAACUUGUUCUCUAAUAAAAUUAACUGGUUAAUAAAAACAUUGAAGAAUUAUCAGCAGUCUUAAAAUCAUGUGAAAAAACCAAAUUACAGAGACUUGACAUUUCAUAAAAUAAGCUGAACUCGAAAUCUUUAUUGAAUAUCAUAUAGACUAUGAGGACUAAUACACAAAUCAAACUAAGUCAUCUAAUAAUGGAUAAAUCUUCACUUGAUAUGGGAUCAUAGUAGGAAUAAGUCAACAUCUAUUGCACUUUAGCAAGGCUCCUAGGAAAGGAAUUAAUGAAAGCUAUUGGACGAGGUCUAAUGUGCAAUGAAAAAUUAGAUACUUUGCUUCUUAAAGGAAAUCAUUUAGAAGAGGAAAGUAUAUUAGAUUUAAUCGAUGCUCUGGAAUCUAAUAAAGAUCUAAGACUUAAAAUUCUAGACUUAUCCUCAAAUAGAUUAAAUGAUAAAAGUGGACUAUAAUUAGCAAGUGCAGUAGCUAAAACAGAAAAUUUGGAAUAAUUAAAUCUUAGAGAUAACAAUCUUGGUUUAGAAUGUGGAGAUGCCUUCCUAUUCCUUGUGUAGUAGAAAAGAAAUCUAUGGAAGCUUUAACUAGAUAUGAAUAUGAUUAAGUAUGUUAAUUUGAUGGAGAUUGAGAAGACCUGCAAAAAAAAUAAAAGGAAUGCUAAAUAGUUAUAUAUACCAGAUAUUAAGAAGUAAAUCUAUCAUUAUCAGGGGUAAAAAGAUCCAAAUGUAAAGCUAGAUGAAAUUGGUCAUCAAAUUAAUGCACAAUCCAAUUUUAUUAAGGAGGGGUUUAACAGAAUUAUAAUUGAGGAAGAAGCUGUACAUUAAUUGAUUAAAGAGGGUCUAGUUGAGCUAAGCCACAUAGACAAUAAGACUAAGACACUUAAAGAAAUUAUAAAUAAGUAAAAUGAGCUUCUACAUGAAUUGGACCUGCAAAAUCAAAGCAAAGAAAAAGAACUAUAAAGAAAAGUUGACUUCGAAAAAAGUUUAAUUGAUAGAUAUAAGGAGUUUAUAGCUGACUAGUAAGGAGUAAUAAAGAAAGAAAAAAAUCUCUUAGCCAAGAGGAAAAUUGCCAGAGGUAAUGAUGAAGAGAAAUCAAGAUUGCAGGAGGAACUUAAAAAUGUAUUGAGAGAGUAAGAAUUAAUGGCAAUGAUUAUGGAUACUUAUGAAAAAGAAAUUAAGCGCAGAAAAAUAGCUAUUGAGAAUCAGUAAGACUUUGAUGAUAGCUAUCUUGAUAGAAAUGAAUGCCUACAUCUUGGCAAAGACAAGCACUCACACUAGAAUGCUAACAAUAACACACUAUUCAAGUUAGCUGGUUCAAAAAAAAUAAAAUACUCAGAUGGCAGAAAAGUUGAGGUCUCAUUUAGCAAGGAUUCUGAUAAACCCAGAGAGUCAAAGAGUAAGAAGGCUUCAAAGAAAAAGUCUACUUCAGAUGUAAAUAGUGGUGGAGAGAUCAUAAAAAUAAAGAGAAAGAAGUCAAGCAGUAGGAAAAUUAAGAUGAUUGAAAAUUUAAUCAAUACCAAGUAGUGUCUUGAAUAAUAAUGA